CCGUGCUGCGCGUUAAAGGGUUUGUUAAAGUCGCUAAUGCCUCAGAAAAACGAGCCCUAGCUUCUCAAGUAGCCUUAAGAGAGGAUAAGGAAGAUUAAGUAGAUUAGACAAAUUAAUUAAGUUGGAAUUUAUUAAGCUCCUAACAGCAAAAAGAAGAUGAAGCGUUCGGUCGUUUCUCCAGUGACUGGGAUACUUCUUGCUCUGUUUGGUCUAGGUCUGUGCUCCUCUGAUGAGACGAAAUUGGUGAAAGAUCUGUUUAAAGGUUAUAACAAGGUGGUUAGACCCGUAAGCCAUUUCAACGAGGCUGUAGUAGUGACUGUAGGACUCCAGCUCAUUCAGCUCAUCAGUGUGGAUGAAGUUAAUCAGAUUGUCACCAGCAACGUGCGUCUUAAACAGCAAUGGAAGGAUGUGAAUCUGCACUGGAACCCAGAUGACUAUGGUGGGAUCAAAAAGGUCCGGAUUCCCUCUACUGACAUCUGGAAACCAGAUUUAGUGCUUUAUAACAAUGCUGACGGAGACUUUGCCAUUGUGCAUGAGACUAAGGUUUUACUGGAGCACACCGGGAUGAUCACGUGGAAUCCUCCGGCCAUCUUUAAGAGCUACUGUGAGAUCGUGGUGCUUUACUUCCCCUUCGACCUGCAGAACUGCAGCAUGAAACUCGGCACGUGGACGUACGAUGGCAACCUGGUCGUCAUCAACCCGGACCAUGACCGGCCAGACCUCAGUAACUUUAUGGAGAGUGGCGAGUGGGUGAUGAAGGACUACAGGAGCUGGAAACACUGGGUGUAUUACGCCUGCUGUCCGGACACACCUUACCUGGACAUUACCUACCACUUCCUCAUGCAGAGACUGCCUCUCUACUUCAUUGUUAAUGUCAUCAUCCCCUGCAUGCUCUUCUCCUUCCUCACCGGCCUGGUGUUCUACCUGCCCACUGACUCUGGUGAGAAGAUGACCCUCAGUAUCUCUGUCCUGCUGUCUCUGACUGUGUUUCUGCUGGUCAUCGUGGAGCUGAUCCCGUCCACCUCCAGCGCUGUUCCGCUCAUCGGCAAAUACAUGCUCUUCACCAUGAUCCUCGUCAUCGCCUCCAUCAUCAUCACCGUUAUUGUCAUCAACACGCACCACCGCUCACCCAGCACACACACCAUGCCCCCCUGGGUCCGCAGGAUCUUCAUCGACACCAUCCCAAACCUCAUGUUCUUCUCCACAAUGAAGCGUCCAUCUCAAGAGAGGAGAGAGAACCGCUCCUUCCCUCCAGACUUUGACAUUUCAGACAUCUCAGGCAAACCUGUGCCGGCCUCUGUCACCUUCCAGUCACCCAUCAUCAAAAACCCAGAUGUGCGCAGUGCCAUAGAGGGCGUCAAAUACAUCGCUGAAACCAUGAGGGGUGAUGAAGAGUCCAACAAUGCCGCAGAAGAGUGGAAGUUCGUUGCCAUGGUACUGGAUCACAUUCUGCUGUGCGUGUUCAUGGCCGUGUGUAUCAUCGGUACUAUGGGAGUGUUCGCUGGCCGGCUCAUCGAGCUCAACAUGCUUUGAGCCUGGAGGCCUGAGUGAAGCCUGGGGCUGGAGUUGGACACUUAGCCUCCGUCUCUCAGCCCCCUGCUGGGCUGUGGCAGACGAGACAUCUGCUCGGAUCAGAUGUUAAUGGGCCGGUGGAGCCAAUUCGACUGCUGAAAAGAUCAGAUGCACACACAUCCAGGACAUACAAAGGCCUUUACUUUUCCUCCACUAACACAUUAACAGUACAUUUCAGACUUUACACAUAGUUUAUUGGUAGUUGUGAAAACUCAGAAUGGUUUGCUCAUAUUUAUCUGCAGUUCUUGCUAAUGGUGUGUGAUCUAAGCAUGUCGUUUAUCAGUCAUUUGUCUCUGGACAAAGACUUAAGGCACCUAUGGUUGCCUUAGGCACAUGAGUAUGUGCUUCAGUGCGUGUUGAUGUAUUCUUUGAAUAGGCUAGAUUUUAGAUAUCAGGUUAGAAUUACGCAACCUUAUGUGAUUGACUUGAUUGUACAAUUGUGUUUGCAUACGCCACACCAACGUAUAUUUGUUCCACAGCUUGUCUUUUUUCUUUACACAGUCACUGAUGUUUUACAAGUGCAGUUAACUUUAACUAUCUUCCUUUCAAUCUUUUUGUUUGUUUAGGCUUGUUAAGUAUCUUGAAUGAAAUAUGCACUACACUAGAUUUGUUAAUCAUUAUCACAAUAUUGGCCUUAUAUAGGCUGCUACAUGCAAAUGAACCCUCUAAACAAACACAGUGUUCUUUACUGUAUGCUGUGAACAUCCUGACCAAUAACAGUUGAGUUUCUAGAUGAAUCAGGGUAUUCGAGUAAUCCAUCAAAAGUAAAUUAUUUUGGUCAUUUUAGAGCAGUUAAAAAGUGUCACAUUAUGUAUUCACCAAUGUGUUAAUAAAUUGCAAGUUGUAUGGCAAUAUUAAGCAAGAUAACCGCAAUACUAUUUUGUUAUAUCAUUCAGCCCAAACACCUUACAAAGAAAAAAGCAGCUGGGCUCUCACUUUUGAGAAGACUUGCUUGAGAUGUCUUUGCAAAUAACAGUUGUGAGUACAUUUGCUAAUUUAUUACAAAUCAGUGUGUAAAUGUGAUUAUCCAGUACUGACACUUAUGGUAAUGUCCUGACUGAAAAAAAGGGUAUUUUGGCAAGUGAUAUCACCUUAAAUGAGUCACUAAUCCAACAUUUGAGAUUGCUGUAAAAAUAUUUGAAGAGAUUGAACUUAUUU